GAGACAGAGAGAGAGAGAGAGAAGCUCCGCGCUGCUGCAGCUGGACGCUGGAGAGGCUCGUGCUGUCGCUGGGCAUGACGGGAUGCUGCUGUCUGUCUGUGACAGCGGUGUCGGUGGAGAUAAUGAACGCCUUCAGUAAGUGCUGUUAUGGAUAAAGAAGGUUUGCCGUCAGCGCAGGCUGGACUAACUGUGUGCUGCUGUGACUCCGCGAUGCUGUCACCUCUGCGCGCUUUUCCCUCUGCUGCCCGGACAGAGGACACUGGCAGAGAAGUGACACAGCGGCGCAGGAAUUUACGCAAUUACAAGCCUGACAAUAAACCGGCGGAGAAGGAGUAGAGGAGCUGCUGCUGCUGCUGCUGCUGCCAUGGAGAAACCGAGAGGAGUCAAGGAGGAAAUGCCGACACUGAAGGAGGAGAAGCGCAGGGAGAAGAAGCAGAAAUCUGGGAAGCUCUUCAGAAAGAAACCGCUAAAGUCCGUGGGCAGUCUUAUGAACAGAAUCAUCAAAAGUUUGGGCACUUUCACUCACUUUGGAGACGCGGACGCGCAGGACGCAGAGGACGACGACGGCGGCUUCAGGAAUGGCGCACCUUGCACGCUCAGCGCCAGCUCAGGGAUUCUCACGAGAGAAGACGUCCAGGUGGCGAAAAACACCUCGAGCACGUCCUCGUCUCUGUGCACCGGCAGAGAGAAGCUGCUGUACCAGUACGGAGACAAAGUCCCAGGUGUGCUGGGGCUGAAGAACCACGGGAACACCUGCUUCAUGAACGCCGUGGUCCAGUGUCUGAGCAACACCGACCUGCUGGCCGAGUACCUGGGGCUGGAGAGGUACAAGUUGGACCUGAGUCACAGCGGAGUAAACGGCGUGGUGAAGAGCGACGAGCCGCGGCUGGUGAGGGGAGAAGUCACGGAGCACUUGGCGUCACUUGUCCGGGCUCUGUGGACUCUGGAGUACACACCACAGCUGUCUGUGGACUUCAAGACUGUAGUGUCCAAGUAUGGAUCACAGUUCCGUGGUAAUUCACAACACGAUGCCCUCGAGUUCCUCCUGUGGCUGCUGGACCGCGUCCACGAGGACGUCAAUCUGGCCUCGCACGACAACAACAACAAGACCAAAGCGCCUGGAAAGGGCCCCCGUGGAGCCGAAGACUCGCCGUCCCCUGACCUGUCUCAGUCCCAGCAGCUCCAAGUCCAGCACAGCUUUGUUCAGGAACACUUCCAGGCCCAGUACAAAUCUUCACUGACAUGUCCCCACUGUCUGAAACAGAGCAACACCUUUGACCCCUUCCUCUGCAUCUCACUCCCCAUACCUCUUCGCCAGACCAGGCCUCUGUGUGUGACUCUGGUGUUCAGCACUAAAGGUCAGCGGUACCUGCGCGUCGGGCUGGCGGUGCCUCUGUUUGGCUCUGUGGCCUUCCUGAGGAGGAUGGUGGCAGAUGAGGGGAAGAUUUCUCCAGACCAGGUGAUCCUGACAGAGGUUUACUCCACAGGCUUUCAGCGCUCCUUCUUCGACGAUGACGAUCUAACCAGCGUCGCUGAGAUCGACGUCAUCUACGCCUUCCAGGCUCCGCCCGUCUACAUCAGAGGAGGCUCUGCACGGAUCUCAGGGUACCAUCACAGCCUGCCGUCGUCUCCGUACUCCACCGGCUACGAAGGACAGAGAUUAACGUCAUCUGGUACGCUGUCGUCUGAGUUCCUCAACCACGGCGUCCCAGUCAAGAUCCUGCUGUUGGUGUGCAACGCUGCAGGGACAGGUCAACAGGCUGUGAGGUUUGGACCGCCGUUCCUAAUGAGGGAGGACCGGUCAAUUUCCUGGGACCAGCUGCAGCAGAGCAUCCUCAGCAAACUUUAUUACCUGAUGAUCAAUGGCGCUCAGGCACAGAAUACCAGGGUGCUGUUCAACAUCCGCGUGGUGGGAGGAUCAGUCUUUUACAGCUACCUGUCCCCUCAGGACGAGCGGCCGCUCUACCACCCUGCCGUCGACAGGGCCCUGAAGCUGUGCAGCUCGGGCGGACCGCCGCAUGUGAAGCUCAUCAUCGAAUGGGAGCACAGAAUCAAAGACUGCCUGUUUGGCAACAUCCAAGAAGAAGUGGUGAAAGAUGCCGAGAGCGUGAGGAAUCAGCAGCAGCAGCAUGUGCAGCAGUACAGCUGCACCUUGGAUGAGUGCUUCCAGCUUUACACCAAAGAGGAACAGCUCGCCCCAGAUGAUGCCUGGAAGUGCCCGCAUUGUAAGCAGCUGCAGCAGGGCAUGGUGAAGAUGAGCCUGUGGACACUUCCCGACAUCCUCAUCCUGCACCUGAAGCGUUUCAGGCAGGUGGGAGAGCGGAGGAACAAGCUCACGACAUUCGUCCAUUUCCCCCUGGCAGGCCUGGACAUGAAACCUCACAUGGUGAGCCGCACCCACGGCCCCCAUCAGCUCCCCCUCCAGCCUGGCUGGAAGCAGUCUCGACGACCCGAUCUGGCUCCGCCUGACUACCUGUACGACCUGUACGCUGUGUGUAACCACCAUGGAGGGAUGCACGGAGGACACUACACAGCCUUCUGUAGGAACUCUGUUGAUGGCCAGUGGUACAGCUACGAUGACAGCAGCACUGAGCCAGUUCCAGAGGCGGAGGUUUACACACGUGGAGCCUACAUCCUCUUCUAUCAGAGGAGAAACACCAUCCCACCCUGGUCUGCCAGUUCCUCUGUCACCGGCUCCACAAGCUCUUCCACCUCUGACCACUGGUUGGUCCGGCUGACAGGUGGCAGUAAAAGGGACAGCGUGGUGUCUGGAGAACCAGUCCCUGCAGCACCAGGGCCCAUACCAGCUCCAGAUUCUCCUGAGCUGCCGGUGUUUGGAGAUGAACCUCCCAAAACAGCCGAAACAAACGGGUUUGCAGCCAAGCCAUUUGUCCGAGGAACCCAAGGCAGAAGUGUCAGCAUGAGAUCACCAACUAAAUCCAAGGAGAAUCUGAGCAAAGUUCUGCCACUGCGAUGGUCCUUUGGCUCCAAGGACCGCAUGAAACACCCAUCCCAGACCCAGCCUGCAGAGCUGGUGGAGUACUUGGAGUCUGGGCGCCGACCACGAUGCACCAAAGACCCUAUCAUCACACUGGUGGCCACGCCACCACAAAGGACUGGCCACCGAAGAACUUUCGAUGUAGGACAGGACUGCAGCUCACCUAGUGGCAGCAGCCUUAGUUGUACAGACAGACUAAGCUCUGACACUUGCUACUCCCCUAAAAUGCCAGAAGGUCAGAGCAGACCUUGUGUGGAGAGAAACAACAGCCAGGGAGUGUGUAACAGCAGCAACAGCAAAGGCAGAGAUGAUGGUUCUCUGAGGUUGAGGUCAUCUAAGAGAGCCAGGCAAGACCACUGCAGGACUCUGGAUCUUCACUUGCAGAGAGGAACCAUUCUUGGGGGUCAUAUCAGCCACAGUGCCCCUCCGAGCAGAGAGUCCACUCUGAGAAGAACCAAGUUCCAGACAAGCGUGACCUCCAGGACACAAAAAGACUCACUCCACGCGAUCAUUCAUCCUGAGGACAGGAGGGUGCACAAAGGACAGGAGGGUCGCAGCCAUGACAGCCUCUUGUCGUUUUUCAAACCCGCUUUUAUGAAGAAAGACAUUCCUAGGUCACCGAACAAUGGCCAAGAUAGACGAAUGUAUGGCCAUGGACAACUCCAGAAGCUGGCAGGCAGUAAUUUAGCCAAAAUGUCCCUGUCCAACGGGACGCUGACCACAGUGGCGUUCGAAGAGAGGAAGACCGGUGUCAACCCCAGCUGUGACACCCAUAACUGCAAAGUACAACUGGUGAACGGAAAGGCUGGGAAUCAUGACACUGUAGAUAUGCAGCGUGCUCACAGCUCCAGCAACAUCCAGACAAAGCUGGACCUGACGUUUCGCAGGUGUGCGUCCCUGCAGAGGAACGGUGAAAUACUGGUCCCUCAAGCCCAUCGCAUCCUGCUGUCAGACAAGCCCAACUAUGCCACGCUGCAGCGGACACGAUUCAGUACCACCUCCCUGGUGCCUCUGUGACAGCCCAGAAUGACCUUUGAACCCUCUGAUCUCUACGUUCGCACACAGAGAAGCUUGCAGCAGGAGUCGCCGCUGGAAACUAAGUAUAUCUUCUCUCGCUCUCUCCCUCCCCUUCAUAGCACUGUUUUAAGUUCUUACCUAUGUGUGUCUUAAACUAAAUCUAUGCAGUGGAAUUUACUGAGGAAAGAAACUGCUGUAAUGUGUUUGGGUUUUUUUUCUUAUAACAUGGUUUCAUAUUUUGAGAGUUUGUGAUCGCUAUUUGAAAGGCAGCAUUUUAGUCCAUCAUACUGCAUAAUAUCAACAUGUGUUUAGAAGGAAGGAGGUCAACCUAAAAGGCUGGUUGGUUAGUGAUGUACACUGGAGCCUUUUCAACAUAUAAAGUUUAGCGAUAAUGAACUGAAACAUGUGUUGUUGUUCUGAAACACUGCAAAAAGGUAUUAACACCUACACUGUAAAUCAGCUGCUACAACAACAACAUGCACCACUGCUUUGUCGUGUCUGAUUAUUUUGCUGUUAUAUCACCAAUGUCAUUUUUUCCUUCUUUCUUUAUGUUGCUGUUUGACCAGAGCUUGCAUGCUAACACGUUACAUUGCUAAUUGAGAGUGAAUUAGACUGUACCCAAAUGAGAAAACAUACUUUGGUAUGGAGAGAAAUUAGUCUAGGUAAUGACGAUAAAAUGCUAUACAUAACGACCAAAAUAGAGAAAAAACAAUGUUAUAUUGAUCAGUGUGUAAUGCAUUGUAUUAAUGCAAUAUUUUUUAACUUAAAGCUAGGUUAUGUUGCUCCCUUUAGGAGUCGCCAGAGCUGUGCAAGAACCUAUUGUUUUCCUUCAGAUUAUUAUUAUAUCCGUGAUUUUGUGGUAAUUUUUUGAGGCGGUCGUCUAAGCGUAGUUAUCGUACCAAUAUUUUU